CCACCAUCCACCAUCCGUCAAAAACAGCUGAUGCCAAUAACAAGUUCAUUAAAUUUGUGCGGAAGAUUUAUUAAUUCUUGGUUCUUAUAAUGGAUGAUGAAGAUAUAGCAAUUAUUUCGGCUGUGGUUCAACAGCAAAAUAUUUUCUUGCACCAACUAAUAAUGUUGCUGUCAAUGAAUAAUGAUGAUGACGAUGAUGACUUUAACAUUGACGAGGAUGAGAUGACCCAGAUGACUGCCAUAAAAACACAAAAGCCAGGAAGAUUAUGGUCGUUUAAGCGGUUCGGGACAUUUUGGGAGAAAGAUGUACCAGAAAACAACGAGGCGUUUUUCAAAGAGAGUUUCCGAAUGGAGCCCUGCUUUGAUAUUUUAGUGAAUCGGCUUGAAGUGCUGCGAAAGAAGGACACCAACUGCCGAGAUGCAAUUCCUUUGGAAAAGCGCAUCGCCAUUGCGCUAUACACUUUGGGCUCGUCCUCUGAGUACCGAACAGUUGGCAGGCUUUUCGGUGUAGCUCCAAACAGUGUGUGUAAUAUCCUGCACGAGUUUUGCAGAGCACUUAUAGAUACAGAUUUACAUAUGUAAAUAUCGGCUCUGCAGGAAGGUACAAUGACUCGAUGAUAUACCAGAAGUCAAGCCUUGCAAAACAUAUCGAAGCAUCGGCAUUACUCCAAGAGAAAGCCAAGGAAAUAAGCGGAGUAAACGUCCCUGUAAUGCUUAUCGGGGACUCGGCAUUUAGGUUUUCUUAAAUGCUGAUGAAACCUUACCCGUUUUCCACAGUCGCCUCUUUGGAAUAGCGCACGUUUAACUACAACCUUUCCAAAGCUAGGCGAGUGGUGGAAAAUGCAUUUGGGCAUUUAAAAGACAGAUUUCGAAAUUUCGAUUCGGAAAAGGUCUUGAUAGCCACCACAAAAAUAAUAGCGCCAUAAUAAUGAGCUGUUGUAUUUUACACAAUAUAUUAAAUAUGUACAACAGCGCGAUUAAUGAAAAUUGGGAGCUUGCAACAAAUGAGCAGCGCGAACAGCCCGAUACCAGCAACAGUUCUGCUGACUUUAAUCAGUCAGCAGAACAGAUACGAUCUGCAAUCGCAAAAUAUUGUGUAGACCGUAAUGAAAAUUAAAAGCUUAUUUAUUUUUAUUUUUAAAACUUCUAAUAAGUCGUUCUGGAAUUUUGUUUGGGUGCUGAUCAAGUCCUGCACCAUCUUCUCCUGCCUAACGUCGUGCUCCUCCUUCUUUCUGUGGUGGUCCUUUUGUUGUUCGAGACGCUCCUGGGCGAUCUCUGCCAGCCACGAAAUGUCGGUCUUUUUCUUUUUCUUUGGCGGACGCCCAGACAAGGCGCUGGAGCUACAAGAUCCGUCCAGGUCCAUCUCAAUAAUAUCCGAAAAGUACUCAUCAGGAUCUGCAAUGAACACCUUAAAUGAAAUAUAUUUUUUUAGCAAUAAAUUAAUAAAACUUACUGUCGUUGUCCAAUGUGCUCUGCUCCAUGUUGUUUGCACUCAAGAUGCCAAA